AGGACUCAUUUUAAUUAACGAAAACUAAUGCAAUCGUGAUUAACAACUAUUGAAAAAAAAAAAUUUACCGAAAAAAAAAAUAUUUCAGAAUUUUUAUUAAAAGAGGAGAACGCAUAAAACAAACAUCCAUCAACUUGUUGUAUAAUGCCCUCUACAGUUAAUUGAUUGAACUACUUUAUCAGGGUUUUUGGGCUUCCACUUAGGCUUGGCAACCCCAAAUUGACGGCUUGUUUACAUUUUUCGCUUUUUUUUUGGAACUCUCUUCUCUUUAGUUAAUGAGGAUAUGUUUGCAGAUUAAAAAGGAUAAAUAAAAAUAAAAAUUGUUCAAUAGCAAAAUCCUUUGCAAAAGAUAUCAAUCAAGCAACAACAACAAUAAACAAAAGCAGUUAAUUAAAUUUAAAAAGUUCAUUUUGCUGGCGUCACGAUUUACUAUGAGCGAAUAUUCUUCGACAUCGAAUAUUUCAUCAAAAGCGGAAAAGGAAUUAAAAAAACUUGGUUACGCUUUCAACCAAGCUGGUCAAUUGCGUAAAAUCGAUAAAUUCGGGAAAGUAAGUGAUGAACCUUUUGAAUUUGACGUGUUCCAAGAUCAGGAGAAAAAUCAGGCCCAUUACGAAAAGCUGGCUGACCAAAUUCCUGACAUCGUUUACGAUUUAUUAGAGAAAAACGGUUUAUCGCGUACUUAUAUACCCGAAACUGCACCUCUUGAAGAGGCGACUUUUUUUUUCACUUCUCCCGAGCAAUUGCAUAAACCUAAAAAGUUAAUUGUCAUCAUUCAUGGCUGUGGAUUUGUACGAGCUGGACAAUGGGCAAGAAGUUUAAUAAUUAAUAAUUCCUUGGAUCAUGGCACUCAAUUACCUUACAUAAGGAGGGCUCAAGAGCUCGGCUAUGAUAUUUUAGUAACCAACACAAAUGAUAAUUAUCGCAAUGUAGAUGGCAAGCGCGUGCCUAUAACUGGCUUAAAUACAGCCGCUGCUCAUGCCAUUUAUGUAUGGGAGAAAUACGUAAUGGAGUGUGAACCUGAAGCAGUAGCUAUUGUAGCACACAGCGCUGGAGGGGCAGUCACAUUGGAUUUGGCUCAACGCUUCCCUGAAUUUUUUAACAAACAUGUAUUUGCCAUAGCCUUUACGGACGCAGCUCUCUAUGUACUGAACGAAAGUGUAAAAAAAAUUAUAUCUGGAAAAACUUGCAACUGGAUUGCUAGCAAUGAACCUCUGGACACAGAAAUCGAAUUAGGCAAAGGGAAUAUAAAAAUGGUUUCAGCAGGUCACAAUAAGCAUGAGUGGACUUCAUGUUCAGCUUUUGAAUCGGUCUUCAAAUUUCUUGAAGAAAAAUAUCAUGAAUUUUCCAAAAACCACAAUAAAUAAGAAUAUCGUUAUCCUUUUUUAUUAUUUAUAUUUAUCAAAUUACUUUCACGUAAUGUACACAUAUUUCCUAAAACUUAAACAAUAGUCUGUUUAUGCAAAACUUUUACAUUUAAUAUGAAUUAUUAUGGAUUUUAACGUAACGUUUAAAAGUAACGGAUGUUUAUUUAAAAAUUGUUUAUAUUAUAUAUUUAUGUAGACGUUAACAUUCCCAAAUAAAACGUUAAUACAAUAAA